CCCACUGCUUAAACCCGGAAGAAGGAAGAGAAAUCUCUAUUGCACUUGUUACUGUGUUGUAUCGAUAAAACUUCUCGAGCCAGAGGCCGUUUUUUUUUAGAUCUUCAGACUCACCUUGGGUAAAUAAGCAGUGCAAUGUCAGAAAGAGACGAGGAGACAUUUAAAUCUGUGAAGCUUGAGCAGCAUGAAGCUGAUUCACCCAACACAGUCCCCGAGGACCUUCAGUCCAACCCCAGUGCCCCGUCUUCAGCUGUCACUCACAGCACUGAGACUGAAGAGAAGACAUUGCCACCAGCAUCCAGCACUACAACCACCAAUGCAGAUCCAGGACAAAGGUGGACCACAGCAGUGAACCAGUUCAAGCUCAAGAGAUUCUUUGUCCUUCGGCCUGGGACUCUAGACAAUGCAAUUGAAGACGUCAAAUCGCUGGUAGACCAGAAGGUGGACGGUCCUGUCCUGAACGUUUGGCUGCUGGUUGAGAUUGAUCACUGGAACAAUGAAAAAGAGCGAUUGGUGUUGAUCACUGAGAAGUCUCUCCUCAUCUGCAAAUACGAUUUCAUCAUGCUAAACUGCGAGCAGAUCCAGAGAAUUCCACUUAAUCUCCUUGAUCGGAUCACCGAGGGUGCUUUUAUUUUCCCUCCUCGCUCCCUCCUCACGCGAGAGGGCGAGGGAAUGCGUGUGUUUUGGGACAAGCUCCGAGAGCCGUCAGUAACAUCACGCUGGAACCCUUUUGCCACUGACUACCCCUAUGCUACUCUGACAUACCACCCAGUUCACAAUGCUAAUGAGAAUAUGUCCAAAAUCUGUGAGCUUCAGAGUUUUAAGGAUCAGUUGACUGUUGCAGCACAGAAAGCCCACAGUCUAAAUCCUCUCCCAGGGAAAGCCAACGGUGUGAUGCUUCUGAGACAGCCCAUCCUCAUCGAAGCCUAUGUAGGCAUCAUGUCAACCCUUGGCAACCAGAACAAGCUGGGCUACUGCUUAGCAAGAGGCAACGUUGGUUUCUGAAUGGAAAUUCUGGUUCAAUUCCUUAACGCUUUUAUUGAUGUAAAAGUCAGUUCUAAAAAUAUUAUUUUUAACUGUCCUUAAUAAUGUUUAUUCUGUUUUUAUAUAUUUUUCCAAGCUAAGCAACUCCAAAGAUGUGAACAAAGCAAACAAUUUGAUAACUGCCACAUUUAAAUGAUCCACUUGCUGCAAACUAUUCAAUAAUAUGGUUUAGCUUUCGCUGUUAGAAUGUUUGACAACACAGUAUAUUUUGUCGAAAUGUUCUUUUUAAUAAUGAAAUUGUACGUUUUAUGUUUUAAGUGUAAUUUCUAUGAAAAAGUGUAUCAAGGGGGGAAAAUAUAGUCUUUGCUCUAAAUAAAUGCUUAUAAAACUACAUUGAUUUGAUUUUCAAAAUAAAGAAUAUUGUUGUACUAGA